AUGAAGACAGCCAAUCUUCCACCUACAUGGGAAGUCUUCUCUACUCUUGAUUUCAAUAGAUAAUAAACUAUCUAUAAGACUAUGUGUGAAUAGAUCUAAUAAUAAAUGAAACAAAUCACUGUAUUACAAGAAAAGGUUAAAUAAAAUGAAGUAUAUUAUUCUCUAAAUCUAGUUACUUGCAUCAUAAAAGUUAGAAGAUACUUAACAUCGUCUAUCUGAAGAAUAAUCUAAAUUGAAAUAAGAAAUUCAAAUUCUUUAAUCAUUAUUAGAAAAGAAAGAAAAUGAAAUCAAAUUUCAAAAUGACUAAUUAGAUGAAUAAACUAAUUAUAUAAAAUAAUUAGAGAUUGAUGUUUAAAAAAGAUAAGAAUCAUAGAAAUAUGAUUAAUUAAUAGUUGAACUCAAAUAAUAAAUAAAAGAAUAACAAUUAGCAAUAUAAUCAUAUGAAAAAUCAAUAUAAGAAUUAAAAUAUACAAUAGAAGAAUAAGAACAAUAAUUUGAAGAUAUUCAUAAUAAAUAUAAUUAAGAAUUAGAUGAAAAGGAUUUAAAACUUGCAGAAUAUGAAGUAUAAUAUAUAUUAAAAUUAGAAAUAAUUAGAAUUAUAAUUAGAAGACAAUUAAAAAUUACAAUAAGGAUAUUAAUCAUUAAAUGAUAGGAUUAAUUCAAAUAAAGACUAUUAAUAAUUUUAAUAAUAAUAUAAUGAAUUAUUUAAUGAAUUUUCUAUCAUCAAAUAAUAAUAUUAGAAUAAAUGUAAUAAAAUUAAAGAAUAAGAAUUAACAAUUGAAGAUUUAAUAGGUGAAAAUUCAAGACUUGUUAUUGAACUUUAUCACUACUAAAAAUAAUAAUGA